CUCCGCGGUUCUGGGGAUUGGACGGACAUGGAAUCCUCUCGGCAGGAAAAAUGGGCUCCUGAGAUUUCAGAAGGACCAGGAUUAAAAGCCCCGUCCGAGGGGACUUGGCUGAAGAGUGGUGGCCUUCCCCAGGGGGAUGGGGACAGAAGAGACACUCGGGGACGCAGGCAUCAGGGAAGCUACGGAGGGGCCAGGAGCUCAAAGCCAGAAGGGGCAAUGGGAAGCCCGGGGAGGGAUCCUGCUCUGGGUCCCUCCGCGGCCUCCUGGGACAGACCUACGCCAGAUGUUGACUACAGACAGGAGGGGGGACUCCGGAUGUCCCCUCACGGAUGAAGUAAGGAAGGACAGCUGUGUGGGCAGAAGGGAAAGCUGUGGGCGUGGGACACAGAUUUCUAGAGAGGCCAAGACCCCAGCCUUGAGCAUGUCUGGUGCACCCCACGGGGGGCAAGGCUGGAGAGGUGGCAGGAGAGGACAGAUGGGUCUUCCUGCUGCCUGAGGGCUGCUGUGAUGCCGGGCAAUGUGCUGUGUCCCAUCCCUUCUCUUUCACGGUCUUUCAAGGUUGGGACCGCUGUGUCCACUUUACAGAGGAGAAAGAUGAAGGUCUGAUAAAGUCAAGUCAAUUUCCGGGGGUCACAGUGUGUGUGUUGGGCAGGCUGCCUUACGCGCACGCGGGGCCAAGUUCUGAAGAAUCUUGAAAGUCAGGAGGCAGAGUUGGAAGUUGAGGUCCCAGUUAAUAGGGAGCCAUGGCAGGUGCGUGAGCAGGAGCAUGGCACGAGGAGAGGGCUGCCAACGGAGGCCUGGAGUGGAGAGAAAGACCAACAGUGACACAAGAGAGGCCCAAAAUAACGGCCAUCGCGUCCCGAAAGGGAGCGGGUGCAUCUGACGCCUCAGCGGUCUGUUUCCUUAGGAAGUGGCGCCACUGGAGGUCAGGCCUGGGCUCCGGGAUGGGGAGAGGCUUAAGGCAAGGGGGUGGGUCAGAGAAGGGACAGGAGUGGAGGACGAGGAGGACGGGCAGAGGGGAGCCGGUGGCUCGGGGCAGAGGGGACUGGAAGAGGAGACCUUGAAGGCAGGGAGGUGACAGCUGGGUCAGUGAGGGACAGGCACUCCAGGCAGAGGGCCCAGUGGGAGCACAGGCUGCUGUGUCACCUGGGGCUUGUCCCCAGGGUCAGCACUGUGCCCCUCCAGGCGACCUGGGCACCGCGGACUCGCAUCCACUUCUGGGUUGAGAUAAUUUGCUGCAAAGGACCAGGAGACGGGGUGCCGGGUGCAGGGCCUGCCAGCGCAGCAGGAGGUGACGGGGCUGUCGCGAGCGGCUGGGAGGGCGCGAGGCUUGUGCUUCCAAAUUGAAAUUAAAGAUCAUUUCAGCUGCAGACGCUGGAAAGCCCGGCUCAUUACUUCCCGGGACUUUGUCCAUGCCUCGUGCUGGAUUCAAUUAAAGCAAUUUAUGGUAACAUGGUGACUCACUGCAGCAGCUUGUGACAGCAAGACAGGACACAAUCGGAGGGCCCAGGAACGAGGAGCUGGCACCUGAGUGGUGUCCCAGGCAGUGGAAUACUACGCAGCCAGCAAAGAGCAGGAAGCAGCUGUUCCUGUCCUCGGGAAGAUGGCCAAGAUGGGCCGCUGGGAGGAGGAGGGGGGAGGCCUGGGCAGAGACACUGUGCACUUUGACGGGCAGACGGUCCCCGGAUGAGAAGGGAAUCACUGGAGUCUGGGGACAAUGGCAAACAGGUGGCAGGGAGAAGGGAGAGCGGGACUUGCGUCUCCCCGUGUAGCCCUUUUAAGCCUUUGACGUUUCCCCCGGAUAAACCUGUCUCUUAGCCGUCGGAGUCGGUGCUGAAGGGCGGCUCAGGGCAGAGCAGGCGCUGAUUCCUAGCAGCAGAGGGAAAAAAAAUUGCAGUUUACAAACCGACCCCGCCAGACCCCAGACCAGGCCACGGUCAGGGGUCCAGGCAGGAGGUAGGGCCGAGGUGGCCUCGAGCCCCAAGUGGUAGGAAGGGGCCCUGUCCGACACCUCUGGAUGGCCGUGAGGCUCCGCCCUUUGGGACCUGGAGCGAGGUGUGUCCACGUGCCUCUCGUCUCAUGCCUGGGCAGCUCCGAGAGGAAGGUGCUGGCCCCACUUCACGGAGGAGAAAAUGGAGGCUCAGGAGCAGGACCCGGGUGUCCCCUCGUCACCCAGUGUCCUAGGGCUGUGGUGGGUCGAGUUCUGGGUGUGGCCUGUGGUGUCCACUGGGCCGCCCUGCUCCUGGGCCGUGGAGCAGGGUCCCCACGGGCCUCCUGUGGGCUGGCCUGGCUGUUGCGGGACACUUGUGAACACUGAGAGGAACUGGACUCCGCCUGCACUUCCCGACGGCCCGGGAGGGCUGAGCGAGUCCCUCCAGGGUGUGGCAGAGCCAAAGGGUGGCCUCAAUCAGGACAAGGACAGCCACUUAACUGGAGGGGCCCCUGCGGACAUCUCCCCGGGCCACCCCAGGGACUUGGAUCCUGAACCUGGUACACAGGAGCCUCCCUGGGGAGGCCCAGCCUCCUGGCCUCAGGAGGGGAGGGAUGAGCCCACGGGGAGCGGGUCUCCAGAGGCACCUCACCCAGGGGUGGCCCAGGGGAGCCGCAGGGGCCCAGGCCCCGGAGCUGGGAUCAUACCUGGGGCAGGAGGGGCCCAGCAGAGAGCUGGUGUGGGCGCGCGGCUCUGCCUGGCCGUCACAUCUGGCCGGAGCCGUGUCUCUGGUCUCCAUUUUUCUUCCUGUCCAGUCAGGCCACUUGGGGCAGGUGGCCUCCAAGGAUCCCCGAGUCCUGUGAGUAGAGGUUUCGUCCUGGGCUGUGGGGCCAGGGGGCUGGGCCCCGGGACCACCCUGUCUCCUUGUCACCUCUCCCAUGCGGCAUUUGCAGGUGACAAGGGCCUCCAACAUCCCACCAGACCCCGAGGGCCUCUCCUUUUUCCCCAUGAAAAACCGAGGCUCAGCGAGACCAGGAGACCUGCCCCACCAGGGGCCGUGGGCUCCACGUGGGACCGAGGACCCCAGGGAUCUUCUCGGCCUCCCGCCGCCGCCUCCUCCUCCUUUGUUUUGGGUGGAGACAGAGAGGGGACGUGGCCUCCCUCAUGGGGACAGGUGGCUGCCUCCUCCAGACGGCCAACGGGGCAUCUUGAGCUCUGUGGCGGGUGCGAGCACCGCUGCCCUCUGUCCCCUUUAGUCGGGCUCCGUCAGUCGCGGGAAGCACUCGGUUAUGAGGGUGGCUUUGCCGCGGGCUGACGGUGGCCUGGGCACCUGGGCCCAGCAGGGACGUUCGGCAGGAGACGGGCCUUGAGUGCGUUUGCAGUGUCCGAUGUUCUGACUCUCCCUGGGGUGAGGGGUGACCCCUGAGGAGCUUCCGCACGUGCCCCCACUGUGCAGCUAGACGGGCGGGGCUUGGGGGGCCGGCCCCUCACCCGGACCCCAGGCCCAGCCUUCUCCCCUGGAGAUGUCCUGGAGGCCUCGGGUCGGGCCAGCUCUAGGUUUUGGGUGAAAGGUUCUGGCUUCUGUCUGAGAAGUCCCUCCUCGGGUCACAGUGGGCCCCGUCCACACUGCGACUCAGCUGCCACCCUCCUCCCUUGCCGGCCACCUUCAGGACAACCAGCGGCUCCCAGUGGGCAGGGACGGGAGGGGGAGGCGGGCAGACGGGGCAGGUCACCUGUCCUGGUCCCAAGACUGGGCCUGCCCUGAGCCACGGGACAGCAGGCCGCUGCCUAGACCAGGGCCCGAGCUAGCCCUGGCCAGCAGAGUGACCUCAGGUGGGUCCCUUGACGUCCCUGAGCUUGUCCCUGGUGGAGUCAGGGGCUCGGAGCGGCCUGCGAGGAGAAUAAGUGACCUCGUGGACACCGAUGCUCUGUGGUGAGGCGUGUGCGCUUCACGGGCCCCAAUGGCGGGUUUGAAUCCCCGCCUUCUCGGGUGACCUUGGCCCAGGGCCCCCUGUGUGCCCAGUGCUUUUCCUGGGCUGCGGGCACCCAGGGCUCACGGCCUGGUGGCCCGGACCUGUGUGGCUCUCGAGGCAGCCGCUGCCCUGGGGAUCAGCGGGCGAGGCCUGGUGACCUCGGCCGGGCUCCCUCGAGCGUCUGCCAUCAGUGGUGGACUCUCAGGGGACAGGCUGCUUCAUGUGGCCUCUCUGGGGUGGACGGUAGUGUGGCCUCCUCUGGGUGGGCCGGAGCCCCCAGCAGAUGAGCCUGGCUCCUUCCGGGGACCGCAGGGGUCCCAGAGGCCACCAGGGAACCAGCGGAAGGGCAGCACCCCCUCGCGGCUCGCUUCUUUCUCAUUGGCCAGAGUAUGUCCCCAGGCUGAGGCCCGAGCCACCGCGGGAGGGCUGCGUAAACAGAUUGGGGACGUUCAGGCAACCACCUGCCACCACGUCUCCGGGCCUCGGUUUCCUCGUCUGUGAGCUGAGCCUCGUCUCCUGGUCGGGGUUGAAAUGAAAGGAGCCGAGGUCGGGGGGAGGCGCUGGGCUCAGGGCCAGGUAAGCGAGUGUCCCUCAGCCUGACGCUGUGCGUCACUGCGGUCACCAGCAGGGGAGAGAGGUGACUUAGAAUCCAAUCCCCUGCCACAGGUUCUGGGUCCCAGGCCACAGGCUCGGGGCCGUGAGCUGGCUGUGCCCCGGGAGACAGGGCGCUCAGGGGAGUGGGUGGUGCCCGGGGAGUGGGGCGGCCGAGGAGCCCACGGUUUCCCCCGAGUCUCUGGGUCGGGGGGAAGGGGAGGAGGCCUUGGAAGUCCCCGGUGGAGAUCUGGGCCUGCACUGGGGCCAGGUCCACUGGGAUGGCUGCCCCCCACUUCCUUUCUCGUCCUCUGGCCCUGUGGACAUUUCUUGGUUGAGAAGAAGGUGGUCAGGGCAUGUGGCACCUGGGCAGUGUGGUCCUGCAGGGACCCUGAGCCUGGGUGCGCUGGGUCCCCCGUCUCCCUACCAGGGCUCACUCGGGUCCUUGGGGAGCCCUGCGGAUCGUGCUCUCUGCCACAUCAGGCCACCGCUGCAGGUGAAGGGCCUUCACACCCGUGAGUCUGGUGUAGUGACCGGCAGUCCUGGGCACACCAUCUGGUUGUCACCGUGCUGUCACCCACAGCCAACGGAGUCCCUGUCCCCCAGACAAGGGCCACACUCUUGGCGAUGACCCUGGACAUAAUUGAAGGGCUGCAAACUGUCCCUGGGGAGGGGACACUUACUUCCCUAGACUUUUUAAACUCUUGACAAAAGGCCUUUGGAGACCCCAGCCGGGUGACCACAGAACUGGCCUGUGGGGCCUCUGGUCCCCAGCCCCAGGGUCCUGCCUGAGCUCUCCCCAGCUCCUGGGAAGGCGGGUGCCGCCUUGGCCUUCUCAUCUCCAUUCCUCCCUGGCGUGGCACCACCUGGCCCGUCCUGGCCGAGGCAGGGCGCUGACAUGGGGACGCUCCUGCCUGCCCUCGGGGAUUCAUGGUCCAGGGAGACAGAGAUGAAUGGGUCGGAAGGCCUAGGCCGGAACCCAGCUUCGAUCUAGAGACACUUGUCCCCAAGGAAACCAUCAGAGGCGACCACAAGGGUAUAGGAUGCCGGAUGCUCACUACAAUCGGAAAGGAAACCUUGGAAGCAACCUAUGUGUCCAGCGAUCGGGGAUUGUUAGAUGCACCACCGUGGGCUUGUUUGGUUCUAGAACACAGGACAACUGUCAAAAAGUGGCAUUACAGAAAAGGUGACUGUGGCAUGGGAGGACGUUCCCAGGUUCAAGUUAAGAAUAAAGUGAGCUACAUACAUGUAG